GUGUUUGGAAUGGAAAGGGUCCAAUGGAGUAGAAUGUAUAUUUAAAGAUUCAUAUUUUGUGUUAUGUGAUAUUGUUUUUGAGCUUGACCUAUGUGAGGACCAAUCUGGAAUGUAAAAAGUCGAGCUACAUAUUUUUUUUUUUUUUGAGAAAUGUGUUGUUUUCUGCACAUGACUAGUGUCAGUGGGCGUACGCAGGAUUUUUCGCAAGCUGUGUCGAUAAUUAAAGAAGAGAAUAGAUGAACAAAUAGGAGGGAAUAAUGAAUAAAUUUUUCGACUUUUGUGUUUCAAAUUUGGUUUAAAGUAAGUGAAUGUCUAAAAUUUAUUUGGAAAUGAACUUGCUUGACUGGUUUGAUUUUUCCUUAGUAGGAAACGUGUUGGGUGGGGAUUCGAGUCUCACUUAGGACCUGCUGUAUCUUUUUUGGCGAUAGUCGCUUAAAAAAAACAAAAAACAAAAAAAAAAAGAUCGGCGCUGUGAAGGACGUUCGACCUCUGGGUGAAUGCUACAUGGGUGAGGGGCUUAACCAUGAAGCCUUUUGUGCUAAGGGGUGUUGUUUUUAAUGUAUCUAUAAGUAUUCUGCUUUUUCAGAUUUUAUACAUAUAAAUAUUGGUGAAAUUUUCGAUGAAGCGAUGUCGGAUGACACCCCUUGCGAUAGGGUGCGUCCCGCCCGACUAGUGUAUAUGUAUUCAGUGUGGAGUGAUAAGUGGAUCCCCAGUUACCCAUUUGGAAAACUUGGCAAAGCAGACGGAGUAAUUGUUUGGGUUUAGCAACAAGGUCGAAGCUUUUUAGAUGCGUCUAGAGUUAUGGGGGAUCAAGUAUUGGAAUCAGUACAUGAUAUAUUAGGAUCGGGACCCGAUUCGAAUGGGCAGCACGUUACGGAAGUACCCGGUACGAAUGGGGUGUUGAUUGACCAGCCUUUAGCAAUUGGGCAAGAGUUCCCGGAUGUUGAUACUUGUAGAAGGACUUUGAAAGAGAUAGCAAUAGCAUUGCAUUUUGAAAUUCGAAUAGUAAAAUCAGAUAGGAGUAGAUUCAUAGCUAAGUGCUCCAAAGAGGGUUGUCCGUGGCGUGUUCAUGUGGCAAAAUGCCCAGGUGUUCCUACAUUUACAAUAAGGACCCUUCAUGGUGAGCAUACAUGUGAGGGGGUUCAGAACCUUCACCAUCAGCAAGCAUCAGUGGGUUGGGUUGCAAGAUCAGUUGAAUCACGGGUGAGGGAUAACCCUCAGUAUAAACCAAAGGAGAUUUUGCAAGAUAUUCGAAGUCAGCAUGGAGUUGCUGUGUCUUAUAUGCAAGCAUGGCGAGGAAAGGAGCGUAGCAUGGCUGCUUUACAUGGAACCUUUGAAGAAGGUUAUCAGCUUCUUCCUGCAUAUUGUGAACAGAUAAGGAAAACUAACCCAGGGAGCAUUGCAUCAGUUGCCACGGGACAGGAGAAUUGUUUCCAACGAUUGUUUGUCUCAUAUCGUGCAGCAAUUUAUGGAUUUUUAAAUGCUUGUCGGCCACUUUUGGAACUUGAUAGAGUUCAUUUAAAAGGAAAGUACCUGGGUAUGUUAUUUUGUGCGGCAGCUGUUGAUGCCAAUGAUACUUUGUUUCCUUUGGCAAUAGCUGUUGUUGAUGUGGAAAGUGAUGAGAAUUGGAUGUGGUUUAUGUCGGAGCUCCGGAAACUUCUGGGUGUAAAUACAGACAGUAUGCCAAGACUUACUAUACUUUCUGAGAGACCAGCUGGUAUGGUUGAGGCAGUCGAGACUCACUUUCCAAAUGCAUUUCAUGGUUAUUGCCUACGUUAUAUCAGUGAGAAUUUUCGAGAUACAUUUAAGAACUCGAAACUAGUGAACAUUUUCUGGAAUGCUGUGUAUGCACUAACCACAGCUGAAUUUGAGACCAAAGUCUCCGAGAUGGUAGAGAUUUCACAAGAUGUGCUACAAUGGCUUCAUCAUUUCAGUCCGCAGCAUUGGGCUGUUGCAUAUUUUGAAGGAUUACGAUAUGGUCAUUUUUCAUUGGGGAUCACAGAAGUGUUGUAUAACUGGGCACUAGAGUGUCAUGAACUUCCUGUUGUGCAGAUGAUGGAGCAUAUCCGCCAGCAAAUAACAUCAUGGUCUCACGAUCGCCGAGACAUGGGCAUGAGGUGGACGUCGAUACUCGUACCGUCUGCUGAAAAGAGGAUUGCAGAAGCAAUUGCUGAUGCUCGAUGCUAUAAGGUUCUACGAGCAAAUGAAAUUGAAUUUGAGAUCGUAUCAACUGAGAGGACGAAUAUUGUGGACAUACAAAGUCGUGUGUGCUCAUGUCGCCGUUGGCAACUAUAUGGUGUACCCUGUGCACAUGCUGCUGCUGCACUUAUCUCUUGUGGGCAGAAUGCUCAGUUAUUUGCCGAACCUUGUUUCACGGUCCACAGUUAUCGUGAAACCUACUCACAGAUGAUAUAUCCAAUUCCUGAUAGGAGCAUGUGGAGAGAAACUGGUGAAGGUACAGAAGGUGGCGGAGCAAACGUUGAUAUUAUGAUUCGGCCACCGAAAACCCGACGUCCUCCUGGCAGGCCCAAAAAGAAGGUUCUUCGCAUAGAGAGUUUAAAGCGUCCAAAGAGAGUCGUUCAAUGUGGUCGCUGCCAUAUGUUGGGACAUUCUCAGAAAAAAUGUUCUUUGCCUAGUUAAUCCUUGGUUAGUUGUCGGUUUUCUUUGCUCGUCAGAAAUUUUCUUAGAAGAGUCUUAAAGCUGUAUGUAUUUAUUAACGGCUUAGUCAUGAGAUUGUUACUUGGUCUUUGCUUUGUCCUUGAAUAUACUAUGUAAGGAACAUGUUGUGUACCUUGUAUUUUAUAACUAUAUAGCUAAUAGAGUUUUCGGCGAAUUGUAUCAAAGAAAGCCUUUUUCA